AUGGCGUCCCCUUCCCAAGCACAGUUUGUCCAGCCUACCACUACCAUUCCUGAUGGACGGCACGUUGAAGAUUACAUGCAAUCCUCAUCGUCUCCUCCCUUGGCAUCUCCUAAUCCUCCUUCUCCCUUGAAUUGUCUCGCCAUUGCAUCCAUCAUCUUGUGCAUCUCUGGAGUCGGCCUUGGUCUUGCCGCUGGUUCUUAUGCAUCUGCAUCCCACGCCUACAACAACGGUCAAGAGUUCGAUCUACUCUGGGCCCAACUCUAUGGAUUGUUGGGCAUUGCUGCCUUUGCUACCGCCAUUCCUCUUUUGGCGUGUGGCGCCAGUAGGUAUCAAAACAUUCGUGGAUCCAAAGGCCUUCCCGUGAUGAUGAUCAUUGCUUGGAUUGCCUAUGGGCUUGGUAUGAUGGGUGCUUUGAUCUUGUUGGGAAGGAGUCUUUUUUUUGGGAAGGUCGAAGUAAUUUGGGUGUACUUGGCAAUCUUGUACAAUGUCAUACCAUACUAUAUUAUGAUGGGCCAUGCAGAGCACUCGAGGCGAAGAUAA